CCGCCCUAUCAGUCUUGUCCGCAUUACCUGUGGGAACGGAUGCACAACGGCGAGUAAUAGUGAGGAUGAUCCGUCGAACGAAGCUGCUCGGUAUCUGCGGUGUCGUGCUGGUGGUGGUGCUGGCGCUAACGUUGGGGCUCGUGUUCGGGCUGCAGAGUGACGACGACGGUGGGGACGAAGCGGAGCGAUCGUUUAAAAUCGACUAUGAGCGGGACACGUUCGUGAUGGACGGUAAGGACUUCCGGUACGUGGCUGGAUCGUUCCAUUACUUCCGCGCCCUGCCCGAAACGUGGCGCACGAAGCUGCGCACGUUGCGUGCCGGCGGGCUGAAUGCGGUCGACCUGUACGUCCAGUGGUCACUGCACAACCCGCGCGACGGCGUGUACAACUGGGAGGGUAUCGCGAACGUUACCGACAUCAUCGAGGCGGCGAUCGAGGAGGAUCUUUACGUGAUCCUUCGCCCGGGCCCGUACAUCUGUGCCGAGAUUGACAAUGGUGGUCUACCGUACUGGCUGUUCAACAAGUACCCGGGCAUUGCGGUGCGCACCAGCGACGCCAACUACCUGGAGGAGGUGCGCAAGUGGUACGGCGAGCUGAUGAGCCGCAUGGAACCGUACAUGUACGGUAACGGUGGGCCCAUCAUCAUGGUGCAGAUCGAGAACGAGUACGGUGCGUUCGGCAAGUGCGACAAGCCGUACCUGAACUUCCUGAAGCAGCAGACGGAGCGGUACGUGCAGGACAAGGCGGUGCUGUUCACGGUCGACCGGCCGUACGACGACGAGAUCGGUUGCGGCCAGAUCGAUGGUGUGUUCAUAACGACCGACUUUGGGCUGAUGACGGAGGAGGAGGUCGAUACGCACGCGGCCAAGGUGCGCUCGUACCAACCGAAGGGUCCGCUGGUCAACACCGAGUUCUACACCGGGUGGCUUACGCACUGGCAGGAAUCGAACCAGCGCCGACCGGCCCAACCGUUGGCGGCCACGCUGCGCAAGAUGCUGCGGGACGGUUGGAACGUCGACUUCUACAUGUACUUCGGUGGCACUAACUUUGGGUUCUGGGCCGGUGCUAACGAUUGGGGGCUGGGCAAGUAUAUGGCGGACAUUACGUCGUACGAUUACGAUGCACCCAUGGAUGAGGCGGGCGAUCCGACGAUGAAGUACACCAUCUUCCGGGACAUCAUUGGAGAGUACAUUCCGCUGGCAGUGAUGCCGAUUCCGGAUCCAGCGCCGAAGAUGACGCUGGAAGCUAUGCACCUGACCAUGGUUGAUACGAUUCUUUCGGAGCGUGGCCGGGCAAUGCUCGGUGUAGAGGCCGCCAACAAGGAGGGCCAGCUGCUUACCUUCGAAGCGCUGAACCAGAACUCGGGCUUCGUGCUGUACGAGACGACCCUGCCGAAGCUGACACGUGACCCCAAUAUGCUCACUAUCAACGGUCUGCACGAUAGGGCGCAGGUGUACUUGGACCAGUUCCUCGCCGGUACGUUGGCUAGGGAGAACGCUAUCGAUUCGCUUCCCCUCACCGCCGGUUACGGCUCGGAGCUUUCCAUUCUCGUGGAGAACCAAGGGCGCAUCAACUUCGAUAUCCUCGAUGACUACAAGGGCAUUUUGGGCAACGUCACUAUUCAAACGUUCGCCGAACCGUACACCAAGGAGCUGGAGCAGUGGAAGAUCACCGGCUAUUCGUUCGAUGACUACAGCAAGGUGGAACAGUUCAUCAAUACCGUUUCCGGUGGUUCCGGUGUGAAUGGUCGCGGAAUGGCCGUGCAUGGGCCGGUUGUGCUGAAGGCGGUGUUUGACGUUCCGGCGUCCGAGAUUCACGAUACCUACAUCAACAUGGACGGAUGGGGCAAGGGUUUCAUCUUUAUCAAUGGUUUCAAUCUGGGACGCUACUGGCCAGUGGUUGGACCGCAGGUUACGACCUACCUGCCCAAGGAGCUGCUCAAACCGACCGGCAACACUAUCGUGGUGGUCGAACAGCAGAAGGUACCCGCCGAUCGUAUGCUGCAUUUCUCUGCGAAGGCUAUUUUGGACGAAGCCUCGGUGCGUGCCCGUAGGAAAUGUGCUCUGUGGAAAACCUACUGCACCAACAACAUGGCUAACGUGGUGUGCACUCUGUUCGCUUUGGUGUUCUUGCUUGCUGCUCCCCGGUCGGUCGAUAUGCGACUGUUUAGCAUCGACUACGAUAACGACACCUUCGUGAUGGACGGUAAACCCUUCCAGUACGUGGCCGGCUCGUUCCACUACUUUCGCGCCCUGCCCGAGAGUUGGCCAUCCAUCUUGCGGUCGAUGCGCGCCGCCGGCCUGAAUGCAAUUACGACGUACGUCGAAUGGUCCCUGCACAACCCAAAGGAGGAUGUGUACAACUGGCAGGGAAUGGCGGACAUCGAGCACUUCCUCGAGCUGGCCGAUAGCGCCGGCCUGUACGUUAUACUGCGCCCGGGACCGUACAUUUGUGCCGAGCGCGAUAUGGGCGGCUUCCCGUCCUGGUUGCUGCACAAAUAUCCCGACAUACUGCUCCGCACAAACGAUCUCAGGUACCUGCGGGAGGUACGCACCUGGUACGCACAGCUGCUGUCUCGCGUCCAGCGGUUCCUCGUCGGGCAGGGUGGUCCCAUCAUAAUGGUACAGGUCGAGAACGAGUACGGCUCGUUCUAUGCGUGCGAUCACAAGUACCUCAACUGGUUGCGUGACGAGACGGAGCGAUACGUGAUGGGCAAUGCGGUCCUCUUCACCAACAAUGGGCCCGGGCUGGAGGGAUGCGGCGCAAUCGAGCACGUUCUAAGCUCGCUCGACUUUGGACCCGGAACAGAGGAUGAAAUUAAUGGAUUUUGGACCACGCUGAGAAAAACGCAACCCAAGGGCCCGUUGGUAAACGCGGAGUACUAUCCCGGCUGGUUGACGCACUGGCAGGAACCGCACAUGGCUCGCACGGACACCAAACCGGUCGUGGACAGUCUGGACUUUAUGCUCCGGAACAAAGUCAACGUAAACAUCUACAUGUUCUUCGGCGGGACCAACUACGGGUUCACGGCUGGCGCCAACAACAUCGGCGCAGGGGGAUACGCAGCCGAUCUUACCUCGUACGACUACGAUGCACCGCUCGAUGAGUCCGGCGAUCCGACGCCCAAGUAUUUCGCCCUGCGAGACACAAUCUUGAAGUACUUCCCCAAGCCCGAUCUGCCCGUGCCCCAACCGACUAACAAAGUGCAACUCCCACCACUGAACAUGACGCGUCUGGGCAGUCUUCUCGACCCAUCCCUGCUGGAGCGGCUCGCCACGCAAACGGUCACCUCCCGACUGCCCCUGUCGUUCGAGGCACUGAAUCAAGUGUCCGGGCUCGUGCUGUACGAGACGCUCCUACCGGACGACAUCAGGACGGACCCACGUAAGCUGAUCGUCGAAGGCGUGCACGAUCGGGGGUACGUGUUCGUGGGCGACCAGUUCGUCGGUGUACUAUCGCGCGAAAACCAAAUCAACACGCUGCCGCUCGCCCUGGACGCUGGCCAGACGCUGCGCAUCGCCGUCGAGAACCAGGGCCGUAUCAACUUUGGCAUUGCGAACGAUGGUAAAGGCAUCCUCGGCAGCGUGUUCGUCAACACCCGGCAGCUGUACAACUGGACGAUGUACGGGCUGCCGCUGAGCGACUUUAAGCCCAUCGUCCACGCGAUUAGGCACCACCGGAAGCAUCAUCACCGUGUCCGCAGGGCGUCACAGACCGCCGGCACGCCAAUGUCCCUGUACUAUGCGAUAUUCGACAUCGAGGGACAGCUGGCGGACACCUAUCUCGAUCCGACCGGAUGGGGCAAGGGCAUCGUGUUCGUCAACGGGUUCCUGCUCGGUCGUUACUGGCCCACGGUGGGGCCACAGGUUACGCUGUACCUUUCGAAGCAUUUGCUAACGCAAAAGAACAACUACCUGGCGGUGAUCGAGUAUCAGAAGGAGUUUGGUGACUCGAUACCGCCGCUCAAGUUCUCGGCAACUCCUUCGUUUAACUGAGCGCGUUGUUAUCGUGCUGCUCGUGUGCUGCAAUCGUGGUUCUAUCUUAUCGUCUGUGCGCAUUUCCAGAUCGAUCGACCUGGUUUCGAUACCGAAUUGUAGCGCAGCACUGUUACAAAACGCGUCUCCCACUUAAGCCACUGAGACGCCUCUUAAGUAGCCGGGUGUGUAAGUAAGUAGGUUUAAAUCGUACACACUAACGACCCAAACAAUCCCACUCUUUUGUUGACAUACAAUG